AUUUUACUUAUUAUCAUUUAAUUUCUUUUUAUAACUCUCAUAGACUGUUCGAUAUUCUACCUCUCUGCAUGCUCAAUCACUGUCACACGACUCACACCUUCCACAAUUGUGAUUGUAGUUAGCCCGCUGAUUUGGAGAAGCUUCCGUGUGAAUAGUGACUCUCCGUACCAAGUUACCAACCACUGAGUUUGCAGUUUUCGCUGCAAGUGAUCUGCUUUAAAUGCAACCAAUGUUGCUCAACGACGAGAGGGUACGCAGAGCUUGUGAGAAAACAAGGGAGCUCAAGAUUCCUGAUGAGAAGACUCUCCUUGUGCUUAGGAAGCUGCUGAGAGAGAACGGUGAGAAUUGGGGUAUCAUCAGACUUGAUAACUACACUGCAUUGAUCGAUGCUAUCUACUCUCUUGAUGAAGAAAAUGAGACUCCAUCUAACAACAAUAGAGGGAAGAGUGCUGCUGUGGGGAUUGAAACUUCGCAUAGAGUGAAGAGAAACGAGAAACAAAGUGAAGGUUCAUCUACUGGCAUUAGAGGGAAGAAUGUUGUAGUCAAUGUCGUUGACUCUCCUCCUAGUCCUGCUCUGAAGAAGCAGACCAAAAUUUCAUCUUACGUCAACAGAGGGAAGAAUUCUUUGAGUUUGGGCACUGACCAUCCUCUUCCUAGUGUUGCUCUGAAAAAGCAAAGCCAAGGUUCAUCUAAUUGCAAUAGAGGGAAGAAUGAUGUGGUUCUUGACUCUUCUCAUAGUCUUACUCUGAAGAAGCAAAGCCAAGGUUCAUCUAAUAGGGAGAAGAAUGCUGUGGUCCUUGACUCUCCUCCUAGUGCUACUCUGAAGAAGCAAAGCCAAGGUUCAUUUAAUGGCAAUAGAGGGAAGAAUGCUGAGCCCAUUGACCCUUCUCCUAGUGCUACUCUGAAGAAUCUAAGCCAAGGUUCAUCUAAUGUCAAUAGAGAGAAGAAUGUUAACCCUCCUGCUACUCUGAAAACAAUAUAUGAAACCCGGUUUGCAACCUCAAGCUCGUCCGUUGAGGAAGCCCAUAAACAGCAACAGACUAGCAAUGGUGUUCGCAAGAGGAAGUAUAAAACCAUUAUCCAUGACAUAACCAAAGGCUCAGAGAGCGUUGAGAUCUCCCUGGUUGAUGACGUUGGGACUGAGAAACUGCCGACUUUCACUUACAUCCCUCACAACAUUGUAUACCAAAGUGCUUAUGUGCAUGUAUCUCUAGCUCGGAUCUCCGAUGACGAUUGCUGCGCAAGCUGCAAGGGGGACUGUCUUUCAGCUGACUUCCCAUGUGCUUGUGCUCGUGAAACCAGCGGAGAGUAUGCGUACACCAGAGAAGGGUUGCUAAAGGAGGAGUUUCUUGACACUUGUCUUAAGAUGAAAAAGGCACCAGAUACCUUUAAUAAAUUUUACUGCCAAGACUGCCCGUUAGAGAGAGAUCAUGGUAAAUGCCAAGGACACUUGAUCAGAAAGUUCGUUAAGGAGUGCUGGAGAAAGUGUGGAUGUGAUAUGCUGUGUGGCAAUAGAGUAGUACAGAGAGGGAUAAGGUGCCAGCUGCAGGUUUAUUUUACCUCGGAAGGGAAAGGAUGGGGAGUUAGAGCACUGAAAGACUUGCCGAAAGGAACCUUUGUCUAUGAAUACAUCGGUGAAAUAUUGACCAACACGGAGUUAUACGAGCGGAAUCUAAGACUUAGUAGUGAGCGGCAUACAUAUCCUGUAACUCUGGAUGCAGACUGGGGUUCUGAAAAGGAUUUGAAAGAUGAAGAAGCUCUCUGCCUGGACGCCACAAUCUGUGGAAAUGUCGCUAGGUUUGUUAAUCAUAGAUGUGGGGAUGCAAACUUGAUCGAUAUUCCGGUACAGAUAGAGACUCCUGACAGACAUUAUUACCAUAUUGCCUUUUUUACCAUUCGAGAUGUGAAGGCCAUGGAAGAACUGACAUGGGAUUACAUGAUAGAUUUCAGUGAUGAAAGUCAUCCUGUGAAGGCAUUUAGAUGUAACUGCGGAAGUGAGUUAUGCAGAGACAAAAAGCCAAUAGGAUCACGAGGCAAGUCGGGAGAAAGAAGAAAGGUUGUUCAUGCUAAAAAACAACCAGAUACCAAAGGAGUGCCAUUAAAGCGGAAAUGAGGAGGAUUAGUAAUAGUAUAACAUUUAGGAAACAUAACCCACGUCAUGCACUUUGAUCCCAUCCUGAGCUUCUUGCUUUAACUCUAACAGAGAACUGUAAUGAUCACAAAAUUUCUUCUCUUAGAAAAAACUUUCUUCUCUUA